UCCCAGCAACAUGUUUGAGUGGUUUCAGAAAAAGCAAGCAUCUCGCAAAUACGUCGACCUAAUCAUGGAUGCAUCAUCCAAGUGGGCGAACUGGGACCCGCCGAAGACUAUUCAGGCUGGUGACUUCGGCACUAUCAAUAGGGAGUCAGGCCAGUUCGAACGAAUUGGGAAUAUCUACACGUACCCUGACACGGCCGACAUCGCGAGAAAACAUCCAGUGAACUCUCGGCCUGCCGAGGAGGUGUACGUCAUCCAUUCACACUACUCGAAGAAAGUCGAGGGCAAUGCCGGCGCGAGCACCGGAGCCCCGGAUGUCGCGGACGCCAAUUUCUCCACAGAAAUCAAGUUCGACAAACGUCGCGGGGCGUUCCUGGUCAUGCACAAUCCGUGCAUGAGCGUGGUGCCCGACGAGUUCUGCAGAGAGACGUUGGGGAUCGACUUGUUCAACGACAGGAAGAUCGCGCUCAUUACAGAAGCAUUUACCUGCGACGGUUUCGUCUUGUACCUCUCGAGCAAAAAGACCGAGUCUAUCCGUGUAUCGCUGAAAGCCGAGGCUGGGCCUCAUGUUGAGGGAGAAGUCAAUGGCAUUUGGUUAACUGAAGGUGGCUCAGGGAACUUUCGCAGAGGUUACCGCAAAGGCGCGUAUACUCCACUGUAUUUGCUGAAGUCAGUCCAACCGCCUCCUCCGAAACGACGCGAGAGCCCUGAUCCCAACGCCGUAGAAGGAGAUCGCUGGAAUGAGAUGGAAGUUCCUUGGGACUUCCUUGACUCCGACGGAGACGAAGAGCCAGAAGAAGAGUUCUCGGACUGAGCAAUUCGUUGAUGUGCCGUUCGUUCAGUUAUUACUGGUUGUCAGGUUGGCUAUCGCACAUGAAAAAUCUGAAGGAUAUACUAUAAUGCA